AUGGAAGAAGGUGGGUAUCAAAAGAAGCUUGAAAAAGAUCGAAACCGAAAAUCUGCUGCUUUAGCGAAGGAGACAGAAGAACAAAGUGUCUCUCGUAAAGCAAAAGAUAGAGUGCGUCAUGCUACUGCUCGUGCGAUUGAGACAGAACAAGAAAGGGUCUCUCGUCUUGCUAAGCAGAAAGAACGAACUGAUGCUGCACUUGCGAUUGAGACAGAACAAGAAAGGAUCUCUCGUCUUGCUAAGCAGAAAGAACGAACUGAUGCUGCACUGGCGAUUGAGACAGAACAAGAAAGGGUCUCUUGUCUUGAUAAGCAGAAAGAACGAACUGAUGCUGCACUUGCGAUUGAGACAGAACAAGAAAGGGUCUCUUGUCUUGCUAAGCAGAAAGAACGAACUGAUGCUGCACUUGCGAUUGAGACAGAGCAAGAAAGGAUCUCUCGUCUUGCUAAGCAGAAAGAAUGA